GCAGGGCGCACCCCACCCCCUCCCACCCUCUCUGCCUCUCGGACCCCAGACCCUACCUCAUCCUUCUGGCCAGGCGAAGCCCACGACGUUGACAUGCCGGAGAUCCGCCUCCGCCAUGUCGUGUCCUGCAGCAGCCAGGACUCGACUCACUGUGCAGACAAUCUUCUCAAGGCAGACACUUACCGAAAAUGGCGGGCAGCCAAGGCAGGCGAGAAGACCAUCUCUGUGGUCCUACAGGUGAUCCUGCCACCCCACCUCCUCCUCACUAGGAGUCUGGAGUCCGGGUUGGAGAAGGAGGAACAGAUACACAGUGUGGACAUUGGGAAUGAUGGCUCAGCUUUCGUGGAGGUGCUGGUAGGCAGUUCAGCUGGAGGCACUGGGGAGCAAGACUAUGAGGUCCUUCUGGUCACCUCAUCUUUCAUGUCCCCUUCUGAGAGCCGCAGUGGCUCAAACCCCAACCGCGUUCGCAUGUUUGGACCUGACAAGCUGGUCCGGGCAGCCGCCGAGAAGCGCUGGGACCGGGUCAAAAUUGUCUGUAGCCAGCCCUACAGCAAGGACUCCCCCUUUGGCUUGAGUUUUGUACGGUUUCAUAGCCCCCCAGACAAAGAUGAGGCAGAGGCCCCGUCCCAGAAGGUGACAGUGACCAAGCUCGGCCAGUUCCGUGUGAAGGAGGAGGAUGAGAGCGCCAACUCUUUGAGGCCGGGGGCUCUCUUCUUCAGCCGGAUCAACAAGACAUCCCCAGUCACGGCCAGCGACCCGGCAGGACCCAGCUAUGCAGCUGCUACCCUCCAGGCCUCUAGUGCUGCCUCCUCAGCCUCUCCAGUCUCCAGGGCCAUAGGCGCCACCUCCAAGCCCCAGGAGUCUCCCAAAGGGAAGAGGAAGUUGGAUUUGAACCAAGAAGAAAAGAAGACCCCCAGCAAACCACCAGCCCAGCUGUCGCCAUCUGUUCCCAAGAGACCUAAAUUACCAGCUCCCACUCGUACCCCAGCCGUAGUCCCAGUCCCUGCCCCAGCACAGGGGGCAGUGACAGGCAAGCCCCGAGGAGAAGGCACCGAGCCCAGACGACCCCGAGCUGGCCCAGAGGACCUAGGGAAGAUCCUUCAGGGUGUGGUAGUGGUGCUGAGUGGCUUCCAGAACCCAUUCCGCUCUGAGCUGCGAGAUAAGGCCCUAGAGCUUGGGGCCAAGUACCGACCAGACUGGACCCAGGACAGCACGCACCUCAUCUGUGCCUUUGCCAACACCCCCAAGUACAGCCAGGUCCUAGGCCUGGGAGGCCGCAUCGUGCGUAAGGAGUGGGUGCUGGACUGUCACCGCAUGCGUCGGCGGCUGCCCUCCCGAAGGUACCUCAUGGCAGGGCCAGGCUCCAGCAGCGAGGAGGAUGAGGCCUCUCACAGCGGCAGCAGUGGAGAUGAAGCCUCCAAGCUUCCUCGAAAGCGCCCCCAGACCAAAACCAAACCCACUCAGGCAACGGGACCCAGCUCACCCCAGAAGCCCCCAUCCCCUGAAGAGACCAAAGCAGCCUCAUCAGUGCUCCAGGAAGAUAUAGACAUUGAGGGGGAACAGUCAGAAGGACAGGACAACGGGGCGGAAGAUUCUGGGGACACAGAGGAUGAGCUGAGGAGGGUGGCUGAGCAGAAGGAACACAGACCACCCCCUGGCCAGGAGGAGAACGGGGAAGACCCGUAUGCAGGCUCCACGGAUGAGAACACGGACGAUGAGGAACACCAGGAGCCACCUGAUCUGCCAGUCCCUGAGCUCCCAGAUUUCUUCCAGGGGAAGCACUUCUUCCUUUACGGGGAGUUCCCUGGGGAUGAGCGGCGGAAACUCAUCCGAUAUGUCACAGCCUUCAAUGGUGAGCUCGAGGACUGUAUGAGUGACCGGGUUCAGUUUGUGAUCACGGCACAGGAAUGGGAUCCCAGUUUUGAGGAGGCCCUGAUGGACAACCCCUCCCUGGCAUUUGUUCGUCCCCGAUGGAUCUACAGUUGCAACGAGAAACAGAAGUUACUUCCUCACCAGCUCUAUGGAGUGGUGCCACAGGCCUGAAGUAUGUGCUACACACACACACACACACACACACACACACACACGAUGCAUUUAAUAAAGAUGAGUUGGUUUGGAGCAGCUGCCUAUUCUCACCCAGGAGUCUCCCAAAACGCUAAGAGGCUCCCUGGGACCUGGGGAAGAAUGCUGGGCACCUCCAUCAGAGAUCUGGUAGAGAAGGAACUCUUUUGUCUCUUCUGCUUGGCUCCUUAUCCUUGUGCUGGCAAGAGGCAGGGAACUGGGAAUCUGACUCUCAGCACUGCCCCGCAACUUGUUCUGGCCCUGUGAGCCACAUCUGUGUCUUGGCUGUCCCUUUGUGGCUGGAGGCCUCAGUACCCAUGAGGCCCGUCUCUCUCCUGAAGCCUCAGCAUCCCCAGGCCAGGGAUAGUGCCUUUCCUCCAGGGUUUUCAGAAGUAGCUGUAUAAUGAAUGUCAUCACCGUGGUUUUACAUCACCUAAUUUAGGAGGUAGAAUGGGAGGAAAGGACAUUUUAAGCAACCCACUCAAACCCUGGACCCCCUUCAAGGCUCCACCACGUUUAAGUGGGAAUUGAGCUGAUUGUGAGGGAAUCAGGGCAGAGGAUGGGAUGGUGCUCUAGGCAGAGGCCACAGCAUGGGUCAGGAGGUGGGAAGCAGCCUGAGGCAGGCAGAAGAGCAUUGCUGCCUUUGGUGAAGAGGCUUUGGGGGCAGAUUUAGAAAGCUAGGUACAGUCCUUGCAGCUCUGCUGUCCAGUGUGAUCACCACUGGGUACAGGUAGCUAUUUAAAUUAAUUAAAAUGAAAUGAAAUGAAAUGUAAACUUCACUUCUGUAGUCACAGUGGCCAUGCAUUUCAUUUGCUCAGUGGCUACUGUAUUGGGCCAGUGGCUACUGUAUUGGGCAGCACAGAGAACAUUUGCAUUACUCUAGAAAGGUCUUUUGGACAGGGCUGGCCUGAAGGUCUGUGAACUCCAGGCUGAGAAGCCUGGACUUUAAUCUGAGGGUGGAAAUGUUAGGAGUGGGUUUGAAUAGGACAGAGGCCAGUGUCAGAGGUAGGUUUGAGAUCUGACCUUUGGGUAACCUUUUCUUGGACAUUCCAAGCCCUUUCCCAACUUUUGCCUCAUCAACCAAGGGUUACCAGUCUCACUCCUGUCUCUUUCUGAUGAGGAUGGUUUUAUAUUAUUAUUAGAGACAGGGUCUUGCUCUGUUGCCCAGGCUGAAGUGCAGUGGUGCAGUCACUGCUUACUCA